AGGAGAGAUUCGCCACCGGAAGUCUUCCUCAACGCUUGGGCCUCCGCGCUGCUCUAUGGCAAGGAGUAUCACACCAUUUUGAUGGAGAGGCUGAGGCGUUUGCUGCCCUCGGUGCUUCGAGAUCUCAGGCGCCAGCGCAAGGCGGGUUGAAAGGAGUGGAAGGCCGCGGAAGAACAGGGGCCGGUCUGCGGGGUUGUUUAAGGCUUGCCCAAAACCGGUUCACAACCAGAUAUUAGGACUAAUUACACAUGACAUAGUGGAGCAGUAGGUCACCUUCACAAAUAUAAGUCUUCUGGAUUUUCCACCCUUCUGAGAAGUUUCAUCCGCUUGUGGGACAAGACUGAUUUGUUUGGAGUCAGUUUUCACGAGUUUUCCCACUUCCGCAUGACAAGACGUCCAUGCGCUUCACACCCGUUUUCACCGCCUCAGGCCCCGGACGACUCCUCCGUACGCCUGCUGUCGAGCCCCGCCGAGCGUUGGAUGGAGGCGAGCGCUCCGAGUGCCGUACCGAAGCGGCCGAGUCCGAACGAGUCAGCUCACACGGCUCGCACGCAUCUCGGCCAGUUUCGGGGAAGUUCAGAGGAGUGGGAGUUGGGCGCACCCUUUUCCAGCAGGGCUACACCAAGACCAGGUCCGGGCGCAGUGAAGGGGUUCUGAAAAAGAACAUCUCCACCUCAGCGGCGAUAGGGUUUCGAUCUCCGCGACGUCGCAGCGCUGUUGGAGCUCCUCGGUG